GCGGCGCGCCUCGCGGGGGAGCUGGCGCUCCUGGCAGCCGAGCCGCCGCCCGGGGUGACCUGCUGGCCAAGCGAGCAGCGCCCGGGCCAGCUGCACGCCCAGAUUUUAGGAAGUGCAGACACACCAUAUGAGAAGGGAAUAUUCAACCUGGAAAUAGUUGUUCCUGAAAGAUACCCAUUUGAGCCCCCAAAGAUUCGCUUUCUGACCCCUAUCUAUCAUCCUAACAUAGACGCCGCUGGAAGGAUUUGUCUGGAUGUUCUUAAGUUACCUCCACAGGGCGCAUGGAGGCCAUCCCUGAACAUCUCCACGCUGCUGACCUCCAUACAGCUGCUGAUGGCGGAGCCCAACCCGGACGACCCGCUCAUGGCAGACAUCUCCUCAGAGUAUAAGUACAACAAGCAGCUGUUCUUGAUCAAUGCCAGAGAGUGGACUAAGAAAUACGCGAGCCAGCAGAACAGGGCAUCCAAAGCUUUGGAAGAGAAGACAAACCAAAGUGAAACCAGGACCCAAGAACCUAUCGGACCAAAAAGAAAAGGGAGUAAUAUUGUUGAGAAGGAGAAGAAAUCUCGCCUGGAUCCUUAA